UGUUGCAGAUGGAUCGAUCGCUUCAGUUCCUAAAACAAGGUCACCAGCCCUCCAACAAGAUGGUAAUUCUAAAGGUGGCAAAAGAAUGAAAUAUCUGCCAGAUCUUCCGGAGGACAUCUGGUGGCAUAUACAUUCACUAAUGCCAAUGCGAGAUGCUGCCCGAGCUGCCUGCGUUUCUCGUACCUUUAUGUGUUCCUGGAGACUCCAUACCAGCCUCACCUUCAGUAGAAAAACACUAGGCAUGGAUGAUAGUGUGUGUGAAAUGGAUGGAAAAGCAAAAGAUCUCACCGGCAAAGUUGACAAAAUUUGGAUAGAACACCCAGGCAUUGGUGUGAAGAAAGUCAAAAUUAAGUUCUAUGAUUACAGGACCAGGGCCUAUUAUCUUGAUCGUUGGCUUCAGAUUUCCGUCACACCUGGGAUUGAAGAACUCACUGUUAUUCCUUCUGUGAGCAAACAAAAGUUCAACUUCCCAUGUUCACUUCUAUCUGAAGGAGGUGAAAACUCGAUUCGGUGUCUGAAUCUUUACCAGUGUGUGUUCUGUCCUACAGUCAGACUUGGUUUGAGAAGUUUGACUCAACUUGAGCUGUUUGAUGUCCGUAUUACAGGAAAUGAGUUAGCCUGCCUUCUAGACAAUUCUGUUGCUUUGCAGCAUUUGGCAGUCAUGUAUUGCAGUAAGAUUAUUAGACUGAAGAUACCUUCCCUGCUGCAGCGACUCAUCACCCUUGAGGUGUCUAACUGUAAGAGGCUGCAAUCAAUAGAGAUCGAAGCUCAAUGUCUCUCCAAUUUUCGGUUUAUCAGUGACCACCUAGCACAUCUCUCGUUUGGAGAAGCAUUACAGUUGAAGACCCUAGUCAUGCAGUGUCGUGGUGCUCUCUGUUAUGCUCGUGCCAAUCUUCCAUCCAGCUUGUCAAAUCUUGAAACUCUUUCUAUAUGUUCACAUUGUGAGGUAUACUGCGAAUUUUCUGGUGACUAUAGACUACUAAAAUUCUUUAUGCAGAUGGUCACUACACCAAUGAUUGGUAGCAAAUUUUCAUUCCUCAAGCACUUGACUGUUGUUCUUGCUGCGCCCCCAGCCUAUGAUUAUUGUUCUCUCAUAUCAUUUUUUGAUGCUUCUCCUUCAUUGGAGACAUUCAUCCUGAAUGUGGUGUGGAACAGCAUGCGGCAUCCCUCCAUUUUUACAGACCCUUCAGGUACGAGGCAGAUGCCGGAGCACCGCCAUGACAAGCUCAAGAGUGUGACUAUUACUGGUUUCUCCUCUGCAAAGUGCUUGGUUGAGCUAACAUGUCACAUUCUUGAGAGUGCAAAGUCACUUGAGUAUCUUACAUUGGACACCACCGAUGGAAAUCGUGUCUUUAUGUGUUCUGUCAACGGAUCUGACAAAUGCUAUUGUAGCCCGAUGGGCAGGGAUGCCAUCGUGGAAGCUCGUCGAGGGCUCUUGGCCAUCAGGACGUACAUCGAGGGAAUUGUUCCUUCUAAAGUGAAGUUCACUCUUGUGGAGCCUUGCAGCCGGUGCCAUGCUGUUGAGCUCUAG